AUUCGCUGCUACUGAUGUAGCAGUGCAAGCAGCAGCAGCAGCAGCAGCAGUAUCACAAGCAGCGACCGCUCCUCAUCCUUAUGACACCUUACAUGAACAACAACAACAACAACAACAACAAAAUAUGAUACCACCCUCCCCAUUUACUCCGAAUCAGCAACAGUGUUUCCUUGCUGACACCUAUAAUUAUUCACAACAUCGGGGAAGCUUGCCCGUAAUAUACGAUCCUAACUUAUUGAACCAGGCGGCAGGUAUACAUGUUACAGCUCAAGCAGCAGCAGCUGCUGCUGCAGCUGCUGCUAUGGCACAGCCACCACAUGUACAAAUGAUAGAUCAAAAUCAAUAUGCCCGUCGUCAUACAGAAGGUUCACUUCCUUUGAGAAGUUUGGGUGGUGUGGGUAGCGGUAGAAAACACAGAGCGAACUCUACUACUGGAUCCAAUAGUGCUGGUAACAGCAGGAGGAACAGUAAAGCAGCAAGUACAAUUUCCGACGGACUGGGAACGGAAGAAGAAGAUGAAGCGAAACGAAAGCAGUUUUUAGAAAGAAAUAGACAGGCGGCAUUAAAAUGUAGACAAAGGAAAAAGCAGUGGUUAGCUAAUCUACAGAAUCGCGUAGAGUUUUUGUCAGCUGAUAAUGAGCAGCUUCACUCACAAGCGACCAUGCUACGAGAAGAGAUCAUCAAUUUAAAGACCUUGCUAUUAGCACAUAGAGAUUGUAAAGUGGCACAGGCGAAUGGUACAACUGUAGAGAUGAUACAAAGUGUAUCUAGUCAAUCGUUCAAUAAUAUACCCCUAAGUUCCUCAACUAUGAUUUCUGGAGCAGUAACAUCAAAUACUAGUACACCUAUUUUUGCAAAUACUAACUUAGAGAUGCGCGGUGGUCCAAAUCUACACCCUCAUCAACAGCUACAACAACAUCAGCACCACCCACAACAAUAACCCAGAAAAAAAAAGUUCAAAUCAUAGACAGUUGUAGCAUAGUAAAACCGACGCUGCUACCUAAAUCAAUCCCCACACUUUCCAUCGAAUUUAUUUUUAUAAUCCCGUCCUCAAUAGCUCCAACAAAAAAUGUUAUAUUUGUCAAUUUUUUUGCCCUUUUUUUUAAUAUUUCCUAAACUCUCUUGUUUAUAAUAAAUAAGUAAGGAUAUCUAGCCGCUUUGGAACGAAAAAUAUAACGGCGGCGUCAUUCCCGCCUUUUUUUUUUUUUUUAUCUUUCUACGUGAUUCAAGGGUUUAAAUUGAAAAGGGGAAUCGGCUGAUCACUGUGCAGCACGUUUCGAAAGCUGGAA